UAGGCUGGGCUCGGCUCUUGCGUGGUUGCAGCCACGCUGGGUGUGCGGCUAGAAGAGACGCUGCUGCAGACUGCACUGGGGAUCGUGGCAAUUUCCUUGGCGAAAGAUAUAUUAUAUAUAUAUAUAUAUCUAUCUAAAAUAAUAUAUAUAUUUGAAAUUAUUAUUGUUUUAGAAUGGGUGUUGAAAUCGAGACAAUAUCACCAGGAGACGGCAGGACAUUUCCGAAAAAGGGACAGACAUGUGUUGUUCACUAUAUAGGAAUGCUGCAGAAUGGAAAGAAGUUUGAUUCUUCCAGAGACAGAAACAAGCCUUUCAAGUUCAAGAUUGGCAAACAGGAAGUAAUUAAAGGCUGGGAAGAAGGCGUAGCACAGAUGAGUUUGGGGCAAAGGGCAAAACUGACCUGUACCCCUGACAUGGCAUAUGGUGCAACAGGCCAUCCCGGAGUCAUCCCAGCCAAUGCCACCCUUAUCUUUGACGUAGAGCUGCUGAAGUUGGAAUGAUGAAGUCCUUAAUUGAUAUUUGGUUGCAAGGCUGUUGACUGGAAUGCCAUGUGAUAGUGAUGUAUCACACAAUGACGAGUCUGAAAUGCAGACAAAUGACUUGCUCUACUUCGUAUCAGCAAAUUUUAUAGUAUGAUCUGCUCUCCUUGCAUCUUAUCUCUGGAAACCAGAGCAAUGGGUAGCCUCAACCAUUUCACUUUCCUGACCUAAGGGAAUUGCAUGGAAACAAAUAACACAGCGAAAGGUGGAGAGGGAUACGAGAAGUGGAGGAACAAAUGUAUAUUUAAUAUUUGCUUCACUUUGCAGUUUUUCAUUUUUUAGAUGUUAAUACAGAUGAGCAAUAACAUUUCAAAGCAUGGAAAUGAUGAAAAUGAUUAGCAAUUUCAGCAGUUUGGUGUUUGCAAAGUAUGUUUUAGGUGAUAAUGAACAAAUUUGUCAUUCAAAACAUAAUUAUAUACAUGUAUCAAAUGACAUCCACAAACUUUUGAAGAGCAUAUUCACUCAAAAUGUUUGAUGACAGAGCAGCAUAAUAAAAUACUUCUUUUAAAAAAAGAACUAUUUUAACUUCGAAUCAUUGACUUUGGAUGUUAACACGUGGGCAAAUAAAACUUAAUGGAAAUUUCCAUUGUGAUAAAAGCAGGACUUCAGUCUCGUCAAAUAAGGAAAAAAACUUGCAUUUAAUUAGCAGCUUAUCAUAUCCUCAGGAAAUCCCAAAGUCCUUCACAGCCUAAUUACAGUCACUGUUGCAAUGAAAGCAAAUGUAGCAGCAAAGUUGCACAUAGCAAAAUCUCAAAUACUACAAAUUAAUCUGUCUUUGGUAAUGUUCGUCAGGAAGCCCUCCCUGCUCUUUGGGAUUUGUCUUCAACAUAUGUCAAAACAUAGACACGUUUAACAUCACAUUCAAAAGGCAGCACUGAUAAUGCGGUACUUACCAGCACUGCACUGGAAUGUCACCUUCAGUUAUAUGCCCAACUAUUGGAGUUUGGGUUGAGGCCACAACGCUCUAACUGAGACAAAAGUACUAUCAUCUGAGCCAAACAGACACUUUGAUCAGUUGGUAGCACUUUUCUUAUGACACUUAAGGAUUUUUAUUGUUUCGAAUGGCUUUAUGUAAACUAGAUAAAUGUGAUUUUAUAACUGGUUCUAGCUAGCUUGAGUUGAAACAGAGCCCCAUUUCCUCUGUCAGGGGAAUAGAAAAUGCAGAAAACUGAACUGACAUCCCUAUCUGGACUUCAAGAAAGAUUCUGUGAAUUGAGUUGAAUUUGCUACGGUUUGUUUUAACAAGCCAUGUUGAUUGCCUUCUGGCCGUGUGACAGAUUAGAAACUUGAACCUCUAUGCUAAUCAAAUUAGGCACUGUCACAGCAUUACAUAACGUUAGGAGCUGGAACAGGCCAUUUGGGCCUUUGAGCCUGUUCAGCCAUUCACAAACUCCAUGGUGGUUGAUCUUUUUCAACUCCAUCUUCCUGCACUAUCUACAUAUCCUUUAAUUCCCUUAGUACCCAAAAAUCUUUCAACCACUGUCUUGUAUAGACUCGAUGACUGAGUAUUCUCAGCUCUCUGGGGUAAAGAAUUCUUAAGAUUUACAUUGAACAGGUCUCACAUAUCUAUUAAUGAGUGACUAUGUUCCUAUCAAUAAUUCUAUGUAUUAACUUGAUUGGAAAUCCGUUAUUCAUAAGCUCCCGGAGUGGAAAAAAUGCUGGAGAUUUAUCUUGUUUCUAUUGUUAAUUUGAGCCAAUGGACUACUGGGCUCUUGUUGACAGUUUUUAUAAUCAUCACAUAAUAAAGGUGUUUAACUGUUAUACCCAUAAAACUAUAUAAGAAAUACAUUCUUUUAAAGGUUUAGUAAUCCUUUAUGGAUUGAUUUUAUCUUUGUUUCCUAAACAUAGUGUGCUAUCAGCAACUUAUGUAUCUUAUUGCUUCAGUAUAUCAUCUAAAAUAAAAUCUGAAUAUUAGUUUUAGCCUGAA